AUCUAUCUAUCUACAUACACAUAUGUAAAUAUAUAUUUAUAACAAUGUUUAAUAUAGAUAUAUAGAUAUGAAGGUAUAUAUUUUACACUGAAAAUUUAUUUAUAAAAAGAAGCAACUUAUACAUCCUCAACAACAACGCAAAAUAUAUUAUCAAUAAUAUCACAUUAUUGAUUUUACAAUCCAAAUUUCGAUUUCUGUAUAACAUCAAGGAAAAAAAAAGCAACAAACAUAUUGAAAAAAAAAAAAAAGAAAAAUGCCGCGGUCAUUUUUAGUGAAAAAGACGAAGAGCGAUAGUGAGAGGGUAUCUUACAAUGGGUACAAAAUUCGUGAUGUCUACGAUGAAUCAGACGAGAGCCUGAAAGCAAUUGCUCCAUACACUCCGACAUUACAACCUCUUGCAGUUCGACUCAACAAUGGCUAUAUACACGAUGUCCUCUCUACUUCCCUAUUGCAAAACGGCUUACAGAACAGCUUGCAGAACACCUUACAAAACAGCUUGCAAAAUGGCUUACAGAACGGCUUGGAAUCUGAAAAAUCCUUUGGAACUGAUUCAUAUGGAGAGCCUGAACCCGAAGAAGACAGCCCCAUGACAGCUGACAGCGUGGAUGAUCUUCGAGAUUCUAGCUGCAGUCCAACAGCUUUGACUAUUGGUUAUACCUAUGACGCUUUCUUUAUCAGUGAUGGUCGUUCUCGUCGGCGGAACGCAUUAGGUAUCCCUGAAAAAGUUAGUCGGCAACGAUAUACCUGUAAUGAAUGUGGUAAAAACUACGCUACUUCCUCGAAUCUAUCGCGCCACAAGCAGACUCAUCGUAGCCUGGACAGUAAACUGGCGAAAAAGUGUCCGCAUUGUCAAAAAGUUUAUGUGAGCAUGCCCGCUCUGUCAAUGCAUAUACUUACUCAUGACCUGAAACACCAGUGCGAUGUCUGUAGCAAAGCGUUCAGCCGACCAUGGCUCUUGCAAGGACAUAUGCGCUCGCAUACCGGCGAGAAACCGUUUGGAUGUGCUCAUUGUGGCAAAGCUUUCGCUGACAGGUCUAAUCUUCGCGCUCAUAUGCAAACACAUUCUGCAUUUAAGCAUUUCAAGUGCAAAAGAUGUGACAAGUCGUUUGCACUGAAAUCUUAUCUGAACAAACACUACGAAUCAGCUUGUUUAAAGGAAUGAAUUAAAAAAUGGAAAUGAACGAAAUAUAUAUAUAUAUGAAGUGCUUCAAAUUAACAAGAUAUGAAACAGCAAAAACACUUUCACAAUAACAACAAUUGAAAGUUAUUGACAUUUUUUUUUCUGGCAUUAUUAUAUGUAAUUUGGAUGGAGAUUAAUACUACAAUAUAUUCUGAAAAUUUCCAAACGAUAACAAAAGCGCACGUGCACACAUACGCGUGUGCGCGUAUCACACAAACAUGCGCAUCUACACACAUACACAGUAAAAUAUUUUCAUUCAAAGGAAAAGAAAAACAAAAAUGAUAUAAAAUACAAAUUCGAAGCAGCAAUAACGAACCAAAGAAUUAUAUUUCUCUUCAUUUCAGGUAAAAUAAAAUAAAAAUUCUUUUUUAAUCGAACAAGCGAAAAGAAUAAGAAUGAAAAUACAAAACUAACUCAACUGCUGUC